CCAGGAUGAGGCGAGCCUUGGACCAAGCACACAGGCAUGAAGCUUCAUGACUCCAUCCUACUAGCUUAGCUAGCCAGAGACUCUGCCUCAUGGGCUAGCUCAGUCCAUGCGCAUGCUUGCACAUUCAUAUGUGUAUAUAUAGAGAGAUGCUCAGUUCAUUCUCCGAAACAAGAGCAAAACAUAAGUACAUAACAAGACAUACAGUUUCAUCGAUCGAACGAUCCACCAGAGAAAGAAGAAGAAGAUCAAAUCGGACGCAACAAAGUCAAUCGGCGCCGAAUUAGAGGAGAUUGAGAAAUUGAUGGUGGUAGCUUUGAAGGAGAGCAUCAUGGGGACGAUGAAGAUGAUGCAAGGUGAUGAUAACCAUGGAGGAUCAGUAGUGCUUGAGGGGGGAGAGGUGGUUGUAGGAGAAGGGGAGGUGCUGGAGGAAGAAGAAGAGGAAGGAGUGGAGCUCCCUGGGUUCCGGUUCCACCCGACCGACGAGGAGCUGGUGACGUUCUACCUCCGGCGGAAGGUGGCCGGGAAGCGGCUGAGCAUCGAGAUCAUCAAGGAAAUGGAUAUCUACAAGCAUGAACCCUCAGAUUUACCCAAGACAAGCACGGUUGGAGGUGGUGACAAGGAGUGGUACUUCUUCUGCCUGAGGGGUCGGAAGUACCGGAAUAGCGUCCGGCCGAAUAGGGUCACCGGCGCUGGUUUCUGGAAGGCUACCGGGAUCGACCGCCCCAUACAUGGCUCUGCAGGCAUUGUUGGCCUCAAGAAGUCCCUCGUCUACUACCGCGGUAGUGCCGGCAAAGGCGUCAAGACCGAAUGGAUGAUGCACGAGUUCCGCCUCCCCCCUAACACCGCCGUCAACUCCUCCCCGUGCUUCCAAGAAGCGGAGGUGUGGACAAUCUGCCGGAUCUUCAAGAGGAGCGUCAUCUACAAGAAGCACCCUCAGCAGCAGCAGCAACAUAUCGCCGCCGCUGCGCCGCCGCCGCAGCAGCAGCAGGACUCGAGCUCUGGCGUCACAGGCUGCGGCAGCCUCGAGUCUUCGGACUGCACUGGGGAGUAUGCUGGCAACUACGAGUACACCAUGAACAAUAACUCCAUGCCGGCACCGGCUCCGGCAAGCGGUGGCGCUUACUAUGGCGGCGGGCAGCAGCAAUAUUUCCAGCAAGGGAUGCAAUGGAACGACGGCGGCGCAAUGCAGCAGCCGGUGAGCGAUGGUGAUGUCUGGGAUGACGACAUUGGCAGGAUGGUGAUGGAGCUCACUGAUCCCAGCGUCUUCUACGACUGUACAUAUGCCUAAUUGAGCGAUCGGUCGAGUUUGCAGGAAGCACAUAUAGUUUUAGGAUUUUAGCAAUGUUUUUGGUUGAGAAUUUCCAGAGAUCAACAUAUAAUUUAUUUAUUUAUUUGUGAGAUGAGAGAACAUAUAAAUUAAUUGACACAAGAUCAGUACAGUAGAGUACUGUAGUAUAGUAGUGUAAUAUCAAUUAAUACACGUCAGUGAAACCGGCUGGCAAGCAGGGAUGGGUUGUCAAAAAUGUUAUCAGCCCCAUGAUAUAGACCCUGCCAGCGAGAGUUUCUUGGUUUCUUCCUUUCCUUGUGUGAUUGGUUCCAAUUUGUCUGUCUCUACACUUAA